AUGACCACAGAGGCUCGGUCUCUCGAAAACCGGACUCGCCUCGUCGCACACUUUGAUGACUACAAGACCCGCGAUGCGCAGAGCAAUGGGUGGGCCAAGCUAUGGGAAAAGGAUGAAUCCCAUCUUUGGGAUCGUGGCCGACCUUCGCCUGCCUUGCACGCGUUUCUAGACACGCAUCCGUAUCGUGAGACGUUGUUCCGAGACCGGGGCAAGCGUGAGCUCAGGGCCUUUGUACCCGGCUGCGGCAAGGGCCACGAUGUAGCUCUCCUCGCACGCUACGGCUUUGACGUAUGGGGCCUCGAAGUCUCGCAAACAGCAGUCGAUGCCGCAAAUGAAAAUGUCAAGGCCCAACUCGAUGCUUCCUCCAGCCACGGCACUGCAAAGGUGGUGCUCGGGGACUUCUUCCGGAACGACUACGAGGCCGGUUUUGGACCCGAUUUCCGGGGCUUCGACCUCAUCUAUGACUACACGUUUCUCUGUGCCUUGCUCCCGGAGAUGCGCAAGGACUGGGCCCAGCGCAUCAAGACUCUUUUGGCGCCGACAGGCGUGCUCGUGUGUCUCGAGUUUCCCGUGUGGAAGCCACUCAAGGCACAGGGCCCACCAUGGGGUCUCAAUGGCGUGCACUGGAAUUUGCUGGCUGACGGCGCUGACGGCACGGUGGAUGAGGCAGGCAAUGUCGUUGGUGUUGGUCAAGAGACGGGCAGCUUCGAAAGAGUGGUCUAUUGGAAGCCGCCCGAGUCAUUUGAACAGAGCCGAGGGGAGGAUAUGAUUAGCGUGUGGAAGCUGAAGGAGUAGGUGUAGGUGUAGAUUGUCGUAUGCAGGCAUGCAAUCGUGAUGACUUGCACGUGAUGAUUGAUGUCAUUAGUAUC